AUGAUGGCCGACAAAGAAAGUGACAAUCAGGACGAGGUUAGCACAACCGCUAAUGCAACGUCACAAGACGCCGAACCAUCGUGUUCUGGCGACUGGUAUGAAGAAGAGGGUGAACCUAUAUCAGCAAUGGGAAUGUCUCUAGAUCAUAAUGCUGCGGCUGAGGAGGAACAACUCAGUGCUACCGUUGAAAAUACGGUACGUUCACACAUUGCAAACUCAGCUGCAAGGCGCAAAGCAUAUCAACAGGAGCGAAUGCAGAGAGCAGUCCAGCAUGGUCCACAGCCAAGUUGCGCCGAAGUCUCGUCGCCACCCCUUGACGGCGGAGCCACUGUUGCUGUGGAGAGUGCGGGUGACGGCACGCAGUCUCAUGAGUGUGAAAAGCGGUUCGCUUCACGUGAAGCGCACUCUGACUACGGGUUCGACUCCGAUGUGCAAAGCUUUGCAGAUAUUGAAUUUGGUCUCUUUGAUGAUCUUAUAUAUUAG